UCUCUACGACUUUGGCGUCGACGCGAGUGUCGCAUCCUCGCUUCCUGUCUCUCCAUCUACCUCUCCGAUCACGACUAUCCUUCAGCCAUUGACACCGCGGAGCUGAUGAUCGAACAACUCCGACCCCUGAACGAACACCAGCCUCUUUAUGCUCUACUAGGUCGCAUUUAUCUUCGGGUGCGUUGCUUUGUGUGGGGGCCUUUUGCGGGCUCGCCGAGCCUUCUCUCUUACGCUAGACGUUAG